AUCUUUAUCCCGACACUAUUUUAGAGACAAGAAGCUGAAAUGUUCAACGGGAGAAGGUAUUCUGCAUAAAAGCUAGCUACCAAUCCCCCACCUUCUUUCUCGAAAGCUGUCAUCAUUGCCAGAAGCUCGAGAGAUAGGAUAAUCCAGGAGAAAACAUCACCGCGAAAGAUUCAGCAUUUGAUUAUCCCCGCCCCGGUGCUUGACAUGGAACUCCCAAAUCCCAAUUGGUGAGAGCGAUUAGGCCUCCCAAAAAAGGGUCAAAGAGGAGGAGGGGAAAAGGAGGAGCCAUUUUUAGCCGUUGCGAGGAAGCUGGUCGUCGGUGUUGCUGCUCCCAAUCUGAUAUCGUCGGUGUUUGCUCCGCCUCUUGGGUUCUCGGACCGAAUAUCCACAAGAGCAGCACCGGCCGAAUCCGCUCUUCUUGGUUCUUGAGCAAGAGAUCGGCUAGCCUAGCCAAGAGAAGAUCCGUGCGGAUUCUCGAAAUCUGCAGGGGUCUCAACAACGAGAAAGGAAACCAAGAAAGCAACACGAAAAAAAAGGGUUCAUUUCGGAGUGGAUUGAUAUAAAGAUAUACUAUAUACAUACAUAUAUUAGCACAUAGAUUUGGGGACAAGACUAUGUUUGGGAUCCAAACCAGGGAUGUGGCAGAUGAUUUCAACCCGAGGAGGAGGAAGACAUUGUGGAACACGCCACCUGCAUCCAUGCCCGCCGCCCACACCAUCAGGUACACCACACCCAGGAAGAGCCAUGCCAAUACCCACCACUUGUCGGUGAAGUUUGAGGAUCUCUAUGGCUUCAUGGUGAAGGGCAAUGUGGACGAUGUCAAUGUGCUGAACGAGGUGAGGGAGAGGAUAAGGCAGCAAGGGAGGGUGUGGUGGGCGCUGGAGGCAAGCAAGGGCGCAAACUGGUACCUCCAGCCGAGGAUCUCCUCCAAUGGCGGUGAGGGUGUGAUUAGCGUCACGUCGCUCAAGCUAUCAGUGCUCACCAAUACAAUUACCUUGAGGAGGCUCAUCAGGAAGGGGGUGCCACCUGUGCUGAGGCCAAAGGUAUGGUUGUCAGUGUCGGGAGCGGCCAAGAAGCGUUCAACGGUUCCUGAGACGUACUAUGAUGAGCUGAUCAGGGCUACGGAGGGGAAGACCACACCAGCGACACGCCAAAUCGACCAUGAUCUUCCCCGUACCUUCCCUUGCCAUCCUUGGUUGAACAGUGAGGAAGGUCAGGCAUCUCUUCGACGUGUGCUUGCUGGAUAUUCAUUCCGCGAUUCAGAAGUUGGAUAUUGCCAGGGUUUAAAUUACGUAGCUGCUCUGUUGUUGCUCGUUAUGAAGACAGAGGAAGAUGCAUUUUGGAUGCUUGCUGUACUUUUAGAAGAUGUCCUUGUCAGAGAUUGUUAUACUGAUAAUCUUUCUGGCUGUCAUGUUGAGCAGAGAGUGUUCAAAGAUCUUCUAGCUAAAAAGUGCCCCAGGAUUGCUGCUCAUCUUGAAGCCAUGGGAUUUGAUGUUUCACUUGUUGCCACAGAAUGGUUCUUGUGUCUCUUCUCCAAAACAUUGCCUUCAGAGACAACCCUCCGGGUGUGGGAUGUUUUAUUCAAUGAAGGAGCAAAGGUCUUGUUCCAUGUUGCUCUGGCAAUUUUCAAGAUGAGAGAAGAUGAUCUACUACGCAUCCAACACAUUGGUGAUGUAAUUGAUGUUUUGCAAACAACUGCUCAUCAUCUAUAUGACCCUGAUGAACUGCUCACGUUUGCAUUUGAUAAGAUUGGGUCCAUGACGGCAAAUACAAUCACAAAAGAGAGGAAAAAGCAGGAGACAGUGGUCUUGGCUGAGCUCGAUCAAAGAAUAAGACGGCUGAGUUCACUCAAGAUGGAUGGAUGAAGUGUAAAAAUAGAUUUUGUGACACUGAAGCCCAUGUGGGUUUUUUAGAAGACAAGACGACACGGUGAAGCCAUACCUGAUCAGACUGUGUGGGGUUUUUUAAAAGACAAGACGACACGGUGAAGCCAUACCUGAUCAGACUGUGUGCUUGGACGAGUAAAAAAUCGCUCGUGGUCCACUGAAAAAUGGAAAUGUGAGAUGUGAAAACUGCAAUGUGUAUUUGUUUUUGGGACAUCAUAUUGUGUGUUCAUCUGUAUCUCCAUGUGUGUUGGUCAGAUGCAGUGGGAGCUUGUGUACCUGUCAAUGCUUCUCGGGACUGUUUGUAAACUGUUGCAUUCAUGAAUGGACCUCGAAAAAAAAAUCUUGUUUUGUUCUA